AUGAGUUCUACCAAGAGCGAGCCGCUCCGGAUUCUUUUGGUUGGAAAAACAGGCAACGGAAAAAGCACAACAGGCAACACUAUCUUGGGACAGAAGGUUUUUAAAUCAGAGAUAUCAUCCUCCUCUGUGACUGGACAAUGUGAAAAAUUUAAUGCAAUUAUAAACAGCAGAAAUGUAUCUGUCAUUGACUCUCCAGGUCUGUUUGACACCAGCCUAACUGUAGAUGAAGUAGUCAACAGAAUUAAACUCUGUAUCCCUCUUUCUGCUCCUGGUCCACAUGUCUUCUUAGUUGUGAUUCAGCUCGGCAGAUUCACUGAUGAAGAAGCAGAAGCUGUUAGAAUCAUUCAAGCCGUUUUUGGUGAGGAAUCCUCCAAUUACAUCAUGACAUUGUUCACUCAUGGAGAUCGACUGGAGGGCCGAAACAUUCACAGAUUUGUGUGGGACAACUCAGAACUGCUCAGUUUCAUCAAAACAUGCAGUGGACGAUACCAUGUGUUCAACAAUAAAGAACACAACCCUGAACAGGUCAAUCAGUUGCUCGACCAGAUUGAUAAAAUGGUCACUGGGAAUGGUGGGCAAUACUACACCAGUGAGAUGCUUGAAAGGGUAGAGAGAGCGAUUGAGAAAGAGAAACAACGUCUCCUGAAGGAGAAUGAGGAGCAGAGACAGAGAGAGAUAGAAGCUCCGAGGACUCAACUUGAAGGUAUAUCUUAG